AUGUAUGGAGCCGAGAUUGCCGCCGACGGCUCCGCAAACCUGGGCCUCAAGGACCAGCGCCUGGCCCUCGGCUGGAUCCAGGAAAACAUUGCGGCCUUUGGCGGCGACCCUACCAAGGUCACCAUCUGGGGCCAGGAAGCGGGCGCCUUUAGCGUCGGACUGCAGCUCCUCGCCUACGGCGGUCGAGACGAUGCGCUUUUCCGCGGCGCCAUCCUCCAGAGCGGCAGCCCCACGCUCAUGUUCCCGUCCGUCACCGUCGAUGAGUGGCAGCCGCUGUACGACGCCUUUGUCGACGGGGUCAAUUGCACGAACGCCGCGGAUACCUUGGCCUGCAUGCGCGAGGUUGAUGCCAGUGCCCUCUCGGAGGUUUUUGACAGCGACCUGACCACGCUAGAACGCGUCAAUCCCGUGGUUGACGGAGACUUCCUCCCAGACCUGGGCGCAAAUCUGCUCAACAGCGGUAAAUUUGUCAAGGUGCCCAUCAUCCUUGGCACCACUGCCGAUGAGGGCACGUGGAACUAUUAUGGUGUGAAGGGCAUCAACACCACUGAUGAGUUCCUGAGCAUGGUGGCCUUUGACGGCAUGAGUAAUGAGAUCGCCGAGGAGAUUGCUCAGCUGUACCCCGAUGACCCGGACCAAGGUAUUCCAUCUACACUGGAAGGACGGCCGGGCAAUGAGACUGGCUAUGGAUGGCAGUGGAAGCGUUCCAGCGCCUACAAUGGUGACAGGAUCAUGCAAGCAGGACGACGAAUGGGCAGUCAGGCUUGGGCCGCACAAGGAGUCGAUGCGUACUCUUACCUCUACGAUGUCCUGUUCCACGCCAAAUGGUGGCAGACCGGUGUGCAGGAGCAAGACGACAUUGCCUUUCUCUUUCACAACGUCACCCUGUCCGAGUCGAUAAGUCCAGAGGAUCAGGCGGAUCAAAAGGACACCUUUGAGCCGCUCAGCUAUCUAAUGACGAGCAUGUGGAUUAGUUUCUUUGCUACAUUGGACCCAAACAACCACCCUGUCAACGGAACCAAUGUUUGGCCCAAGUACGCCACAGUCAGUCCUGAGAAUUUUGUUUUCGACGUCAAUGCUACUCAGCUCAGCCGCACUGCGUUGGAUGAUUUCCGCACCGAUGCAAUAUCGUACUGGAUGGACUUGUUUACGGCAGAAUAUCCCAAAUAG